UAUUUUGCUACACUUUCCUGAUUUUUUUCCGAUAUCCUAUUAUCUCCUCUGUACUUGUAUGAGGUGAACGAAUUUAAUUAAUUUGCUAUAUCAAAGAGCUAAUCUUCACUGCUCCAAAAACAUCAAAGCCAUAAUAUGCGUGGUAAUUUUAUUUGAUCUUUCAUUAUAAAUGUUGUAUAUGAUUUAGUUUGGGGUGUCGAGGCUUUAUUUAAUAGCUAACAAAACUUAGUGUUACCAUACUGGAGCUAAUAUUUGCUAACAUGCACCUUCAGUGAUAUUUUCUGUUUAUUAAUAAUGGAAUGAUUCUGAAUUCGAUGAAAAAUGACACAGAGUGUUUUUGAAACCCAAAUGGGCCUCCAGUCUUUCCUUUAAAAAAAAUUAAUCACAAAAUAACCCUCAUAAAAGUGAUUCCCACGAUUUGUGCUAACCCAACCGGGGCGUUUAGCUUAGUGCUACUUGUUCUUAUAGAAGCCGUGAGCAUCAGUUGAAGACCUUGUUGGGCUUUAAUUUGGGGCACAAAUCAAAGCCAAUUAAGGGGAAUCAAAUGCUGGAUGGAUGGGAGAGAAAGUGUUUUAUGGUGUGUACGUGUUCCUGUGGCGGGGGGAGACGGAGCCUCUUCGCCGGGGUUCCUCCCCCUCUGAUUGGUCGUCGCGGUCGGGCGCCUGAGCCUGCACUCGCCCGUUAGGCACCUCCCCGUCCUUCCAAGGUGCAUUAUAAUGCAAGUUGGACGUCUUAAGCGCAAAGCGAAUUUGCUUUCAUUUAAGGACAGCGAGAUUUCCUAAAUAGUCAUACACGUUUUUUUCCUCGCCUUUUUUUGGGGAGGGGGGCCGGCAGGCGAUGCUCUCUCACGCCGACCUCCUGGAUGCUCGCCUGGGUGAGUUGUCGUCGCCCAACUCGGCGCUUCAACUCUGCUGGAUGAAAGAUGCGGCCGAGCUGCUGGGCCACCGCGAGGCUUUAAAGUGCAGACUGGCCGGAGGUGGAUCGGACCCGGGACACUCCGCAGAGCUCGGUCCGGGCCCGGAUGGCGUGGACGGCGCCACCAUGCUCGCCGCCACCGCCGCCGAUGACGUCACCGCCUCUGGGCCGACAGGAGGAGACCGGGGAGGCUCCAACGCGGUCCAGGUGAUCAAGGAGCAGGAUAAGCAGCAAAACGGUGGCGGCCACGGGGGUCAACAGCAGCAGAAUUCGAAUCAGAACCAGCAGCAGCAGGCGCAGAAACAGAAGCGGCACCGGACCCGCUUCACGCCGGCACAGCUCAACGAGCUGGAGAGGAGCUUCGCCAAGACGCACUACCCGGACAUCUUCAUGCGGGAGGAGCUGGCCCUAAGAAUCGGCCUGACCGAGUCCAGAGUGCAGGUGUGGUUCCAGAACCGCCGUGCCAAAUGGAAGAAGCGCAAGAAGAGCACCAACGUCUUCCGGGCACCGGGCACACUGCUGCCCACGCACCACGGCUUGCAGCAGUUCACCUCAGCGGCGGCGGCAGCGGCAGCAGCGGCGGCGGCGGCCAUGGGCGACGGCCUGUGCUCCUUCCACGCCAAUGACGGGCGCUGGGCCCCCGCCAACAUGUCCCAGUUGCAGCUGCCUCCCGCCCUGGGAGGCCGCCAGCCGCCCAUGGCUCAAUCCCUGGCCCACUCCCAGUGCGGCCUCCAGCAGCCUCCGCCGUCCACCUCCAUGGGGCUGUCCAACAUGUCGGCCGGCGGUGGCGGCGGCGGUGGCGGGCUGCAGUCCCACCUGUACCAGCCCCCCUUCCCCGGCAUGGUGCCCCCCACCAACAUGAGUGGCUCGCCGCAGCUGUGCUCAUCUCCACCGGACAGUGACAUGUGGAGGGGCACGAGCAUCGCCUCGCUCCGGAGGAAGGCUCUGGAGCACACAGUGUCCAUGAGCUUCACCUAAUACCGCCUUUUGGCUUUUCUGUUUUGCCUACUCUCCCAUCAAUGCUGAAGAGGAUUCACUCAUGUUUUGCACCCCCCAAAAAUGUGAUAUAUUGUUUCUCCGCUCAGUUUGCACUUCUACCCCUUCCACAUUUUGCCGCCACGUCAAACUUUCAGAUUGUCACAAACUUCAGGAAAGGCACGGAACUGUUUUCCAUGCUGUAAAAUUCCCACUUUUGCCACACUUCCACUUUUCUCCUUAAAGGGGAAGUUAAGUCAAAAAUGUUGUUUAUACUACAGUGUUCUACGUGCCCCCACUGGUCUAAACAAGGCAUUCUGAUUAAUAUUGUGUUUGUGGAAGAUGAAUUAAGCAGCGAAAUACACCCAUUUUAAUGCCAUGAAUGAUUGUCAUGUGAAGACUAAUGAGGUCUUUUAGAAUAUAUUAUUGUCAAGAUUUUUUUUUACUUGACUUCCCCUUUAAAAAAAUGAUUCAAGUGAAUGAGAACUUUUUUUUUUUUUUUUAAGUUCUUGAACUGCUAAUAUUCCAAAAUGACGUUUAGAUUUGAGAUAAAUCUCCUUUCAAUUCAAACCAUUCCAAAUUGAAAGCUCAUUCAGGGGAUCUUGGACACUAUUUAUCACAUUCCCACAUGUUCACAGUAAAA